AUGUCCACCAAGAGGCAGAAUGCCGGGCCGUCGAGCGUGCAGAAGAGAACUCGUUUCGCAUCUCCCCCACCUGGUCGAAACGGCGAAUCAUCUCGACAAUCACCAGAGAUCGCCGACGAUUUGUUAGAGGAGGAUCUUCAACAAGGCUCGAAGGCCGCCAAAUCUAGGUCUCGUAAACAGAUCAAAGACGUUGACGGGUACGGAUCUGACUCGUCUAAUGACGAGGAGAGUGUUGUACCGAGUCGGAGACCAGGAGCCAAGGCGGACGAUGACGAUGUGGACAUGUUCGCCGAUGAGCCAGAGGAGAAAGCAGACAAAGGCAAAGGCAAGGACAAGGAGAAAGAGUUCAUGUCGCUGGAUGAAAUUGAAGGUCAGGAAUUUGAUCGGACCAGACGAGGAGGGUCUAGUACGGCCGGUGACGAUUCUGAUGAUGAGGAGACCAUGGCGGCUAAACGGAAACAGGGCUUGGACGGGGACAUGGGCAUCGACUUGACGCCAUUCAACAUGAAGUCUGAGAUGGAGGAAGGAAGAUUCACAGCGGACGGAGAGAGCUACGUCGCAAACGCAAAGGAUCCCAACGACAAACACGAUGUGUGGCUGGAAGAUGUAGAUGAGGAAGCGAUGCAGAAGGCGAGGAAAGCACACAAAGAGCGUGAGAGGAUAGAAAGAGAACUGGAAGAGAAAGAAGCCGAAGCAAACGAGGGCACGAAUAAGGAGAAGGAGAAUACGCUGCUGAGGGAGGCUGUCGAGCUAAUGGGGCGAGGAGAAACGAUACUCGAAGCUCUGCAGAGGCAUGCUGCUGAGGAGAAGAAGAAAGAGGCAGAGGCGGGCGGGAAGAAGAAGACUUGGGCGGAGAGGCAGAAAGAACGCAAAGCUAGCGGCAAACAAGCCGACUCCAAUCCUUUCACUCGGCUGUCAAAUAUUGUCUCGGAUCUGACCUCAAUUGGACAUCUAGACGUGUACUCUCUAUCAAGGGAGUCAAUCCAGCGAAUGCUGCCUGCUCCUCCAGCGCCUUCGUCGAGCUCGAAUGGAAUGCCAGUAGAGCAUAUCGAGCGUGUAGCGCCGGCUGAUAGUCGUCAAUUCCAAUACCGCUUCUCGAUGAAGUAUUUGCAGUCUAUGCCUGAAGCAAAUCGACCUGUGGAAAGAGAGGUUUUUGGCCCGUUCGCCGUUGGCCAGCUGAAACAAUGGAGAAAUACAGGGUUCUUCGGCGGACCAGCUUGUGAGAAUGUGGAGCUGAGAGUAGCACCGGAAGCUGGAAUGGAAGCAACAGCUUGGGGUCCAUGGGACCAGGUCGUCGGUCCCUAG